UGCCGUCGACUUCUUCCCACCCGUCCAUGUCCGCUGCGACACAAGCAAUCAACUCAACGCUGUCAAUCCCUCGCAGAGCGACGCGUCGCCAUCAACGCAUCUAUCGCAUGGCACUACUCCCAAAUCGCAGACCUGAAAGCCCAAGCGAACGAUCUGAACCCGGUCAACAAGCUGCACGAUGACAUUCUGAGGAAGAUCUUCCACGAGGUGGCGUUCAUGGACGGAGAACCCGCACGUCUUUCGUGGGCCCAGGCGAUGCACGUGUGUCGGCGGUGGCAUCGGCUCUUGCUCGUCGACCAAGUCCUGUGGGGGCACAUCCGCCUCGAAGUGAGCUCAUACAGGCCCCGUCGCGAUCGGCUGAAGAACCAGCUGCGGCUGUCGGGUGGGGCGCCAUUGUUUCUCCACGUCCAGUCGUUCUCGGAGGAGCGGCUGUUCUGGAUGCGCGAGCUGCUUUCAGAGCAUGCAGGGAGAUUGCGGGAACUGGUGCUCAGGGUGCCCCUGUCGAAUUCAUUGGAAGUUAUUGAGGCGCUUGGGGCGCAUGCGCUACCGCUGAUGCACAGGUUGCAUGUGAACGCAUUGAAAUCCAUUGCCGACGGGGCCACUACGCAGGUGAUGAUACCCACGACGUUCUUCGAUGGGCGGGCGCCGGCGCUUACCGAUCUCAAUUUGCGCAAAAUAGAUGUCGAGUGGUCGUCUCUCCGCGGACUCACCCACCUUCACCUGUCCGAUCUCACAGAACAACCAUUCUCCGCGCUGUUGUCGGUUCUGGUCGCUUGCCCAGCCAUGGUCACUCUCUACCUCGACGUUCACUUUGUUGACGCCGUCGGAGAUCAGCCUGUCGUCCGUCUCCCACAUCUCGAAUCCAUGUGGCUGCGCGAGCAUGUGUCCACCUGUGCGCGAGUCCUGCGGAACAUCACCAUUCCGUCAACUACUCGUCUCCAGUUUCUCUCCGGUGGAAUAUCAGACGGAACUGACGCGUCGGACCUGCUCACUGAGAUUCGGCGUCACACUCGCAGCUCGUCCGCUUCCCCACUUCAGACACUGAAGAUCCAAUCCAUGGGGGAUCCGCGCGAGUAUCUCAUGAUGACGCUGUACACACAAACCGAGCUCCCCGAACUCUUUGGCAACGAACACAGCCAAAUCUCGAUCAACUCUCACCCAUCUAGCGAACCGGCGGCGCGACAAAUCGUCAAACACUUCUUGAAAGCGGUCCCGACAGGAAACAUCCUGUCGCUUGAUGGGCGGAUGGGCCCGUCGAUCCAGCCCAAGACGUGGGUCACCAUCAUCAGAGAGCUUCCCAAUCUGCAGUCCAUCUCGGUGUUUGCUGAUGCCACGACGCCGCACCUCUGUGCCGCAAUCCGGUUGCUCAGUGCCUCGGGUGGCACCGGCCGGGUCCCCAGCACGUUACGUCGGAUCCAGAUCUCGAUCCAGUGCAACUCGGAGAGGGAACGGCAGAAUGCCGAGAUACGCGCGGCCGUCGAGUCGCUCAAGGCCAUGCUGGCAGAACUAUACGCGCACGGCUGUCCGCUGCGUGAGCUGCAACUCGACCAACUGCGCGCCGUGUUCUUCCCAUUGUCCCAUGCCGAAUGGGAGGAGAUGUGCGGGAUGGUGGGGACGUUGAUCCGGGACGGUCAGCCCUGGGAUGCGCUUGCGGAGAAGAGGAAGCUCGCAAGGCUCGUCGCUGAGCGGGAGACGUUCAUGGCGGAGCUGAACCGGGAAAUUGCUGCUGGUGACUUCGAAGAUGGCAGCCCCUGAUCGAGAGAGAGCUUGAUUGCGAGACGCCUUGCAAUUAAUACCAACGGCUCAUCAGGGACGCAGGGAUCGGUCCACUUUCACACUCAUUGUAGGCUACCGGAGAGCAUUUGACAUCGCUGGAAAUGGGAAAGACCUACCAUGCCCAAAUGCCUGAGCAAUAUCUGAGUUCCGCGGUGAUGAUCGCGUCCUUUCUUUGGAGGGGAUUUUGUGCGGAUGAUAGGAUGGUAUUACAUCUGAGAAAUGUGCAGACAGCUCGCGAGUAGCUAUGAGAGGCAGAUCUAGAUAUCUCCCAAAGACAAUUCCCUAUCCUAACCCUAACCUUUCCGAGGCGCGUCAGUUGGUGUCGGACGAAUCGUGACGCUGCUAGGCACAACUCGAUCUUCACUGUGUGGUCACAAUCCUCUCUUCGACGCUGUGACGUGCUCGGAAGCCAUCAAUGAAACCAACGUUAUCUUACCUGCCGGAAGACAUCAUCUGUCUCAUUGCACACAUCUUCGUCAGCAGUGAGCCCGCGCGCGGAUGGAAGGUAUGGGGCGAAGAACAGAACGCGUAUCGCUCGCUCUUUCCACUUUCCGAGGCCUGCAAGCGACUGCGCGAAAACCUCAAGCCGCUCCUGUUCAGAGCAAUCCACAACUGGAACAUAGAUGAGAAGACGGUGUGGCCGAGAGCCAUCUGGCCGCAUGCGGUGGAGGUGAACCUCCGAGACCAUGCUGUGCGGAAUCUCAGAGUCCUAAAACUCACUGACGACGUCUACGCCGCGCUCUCCCACAUGCCUCUGUUGACGACAGUGAUUCUACGGUACAAUGCGUCAGUGCCCUCGGACGCGCUCCGAUGCGUCGGUGCUCUCUCAGGUCUGACCUCCCUUGAGAUUCACCAAGCACGUCUCGACGGACCUGUCCCCUCGUCUCUCGACUUCCCGUCGCUGCAGAGGCUGCUCGUGUCCGUAUCCGGGUUCCGAGGGAUCCCAGAUUGUGUUUCCUCCAUGUCGGGCGACCUGUUGCCCGACGACUUUGGCGACAUUCGCUGGCCACGUCUGCGGACCCUGACCAUUUCUGAGCACACUCCCGCCACGUACUUGCCGGUGCCCGCGUUGAUAGCCCAGAUGCCGCAGCUUCAGAAGCUCCAGCUUCUGUAUGCCGUGGACAUGGCCCGCACCCCGGACGAGCUUCACCCGCCGUUCAUAUACGGUGAUCCUGUCGACAAGACAUUAACUUCUACCUUGUAG